AUGUGGCAGUUCCCUGCUCUACUCCUCCUCUUCCUUUCAGGCUGCUGCACUGAUCAGCAUUCAGUCACAGGUCCAGAGGAGGUGAGCGGUCAGGAGCAGGGCUCCUUGACAGUGCAGUGCCGAUAUAACUCAGGUUGGAAGAAUUACAACAAGUACUGGUGCCGAGGACCUGAGAGGCAAUGUAAGAUACUCAUUGAAACCGAUGGAUCAGAACAGUUGCUGUUGAAGAACCGUGUGUCCAUCAGGGACGACCAGACAGACUUCAUCUUCACAGUGACCAUGAAGGAUCUGAGGAUGAGCGACGCUGGCAUUUACUGGUGUGGAAUUACAAAAGCUGGAUAUGAUCCUGUGUUUAAAGUUAAUGUGAACAUUGACCCAGCCCCAGAAAGUUCUGCUAUGACCCCCAUUUCAACAGUUCUGACAUCCACACCAUCAACCAUGGAGAACUUUGGCAACAAACCAGUGACUCAGAGCAGCCCCCACACCAGGUCCCUGCUGAGCAGUCCCUCCUUCCAGCUGCUGGUCUUUCUGAAGUUACCCCUGGUCCUGUGCAUGCUCAGUGCUGUCCUCUGGGUGAACAGGCCUCAGAGAUGCUUUGAGGGAGGUGAAGUGGGCCUGGUGAAGACCCAUAGUUCUGUUGCCUAG